GCCCAUUGGUCCUGAGAGCGGUGACUCGCGGGCAGAGCAGGAAGGAAACCGCUCCCGAGCGCGGCGGCGUCGUCUCCAGGCCGUGCGGCUGCCGCUACAGCCAGCCAUCCGUCCGCUUGUCGGCUUGCCAGUCCACCCGCAGCAUGAGCGGCCUGCGCGUCUACAGCACGUCGGUCACCGGCUCCCGCGAAAUCAAGUCCCAGCAGAGCGAGGUGACCCGCAUCCUGGAUGGGAAGCGCAUCCAGUACCAGCUAGUGGACAUCUCCCAGGACAACGCCCUGCGGGAUGAGAUGCGAGCCUUGGCGGGCAACCCCAAGGCCACCCCACCCCAGAUUGUCAACGGGGACCAGUACUGUGGGGACUAUGAGCUUUUCGUGGAGGCUGUGGAACAAAACACACUGCAGGAGUUCCUGAAACUGGCCUGAGCCCACUGGACUCCAUCACCACGUCCCCCCGCAGCCACCGCCGGCCAUGAAGGACCUUGUGACCAACUCCCUGUCAUUCCUAGCCUUCCGACCUUAGAAUCUCUCCCCGCAACCCAAGCCCCCCUCCUCCCCCUCUCUAAUUUAGCCCCCUCUUCUCCAUUCAAAGGCAACAUUCCUUACCCACUAGUCUCAGAAAUUGUCUUAAGCAACAGCCCAAGUGCUGGCUGUUGUCAGCCAGGCCCUGAGGCUGCCACCCUGCCUGGCACUGGCUGAUGGGCACCUUUGUGGGUUCCAUUAGCCAGGGCUCUGCCAAAGGCCCCGCAUUCCUUGUCCCCUAGAGACAAUUAAAUGUCCCAUUCCACUGA